UCAACAUGGCGGAAGACCUCUUUAACCAUGCCUUAAACGCUGCAUUAAGAAAAAGAAAUAUAACGUAUAAUCUUAAAACAUUACAAAAAGAAUGCAUACAAUCAGUUUUAGAACAUAAAGAUGUUUUUGGUAUGUUGCCAACUGGCUACGGCAAAAGCCUUAUUUACACUGUCCUACCGGAUUUAUUUUUUAUACACCAGCAGCUUUCAAUUGUCAGCAAUAUCACACCUGUACUUGAGCGUGAUACUUCUAUUAUAAUUGUAAUUUCACCUCUCGUUAGUUUAAUGAAGGACCAAGAAAUCGCUUUCAACUCUAUGGGUAUCGACUGUGCCUAUCUUGGUGACAUGGACGAUAAAGUGAAACUUAAAAACAUAGAGAAUGGUCUGGUACCAAUAUUAUUAAUGAGUCCAGAGAGUCUAUUUAGUGGUAAAUGGAGAAAUUUGUUGACAAAUAAAGUAUAUCAGUGUCAUUUAUCAGCAAUUGUAAUAGAUGAAGCUCACUGUGUUGAAGAAUGGUGUGUUAUUAGAUUAGUUCAAUAAUGGAAUAAUGUUAUUAAAACAUCACUCUUGCAUUAAGAAAAUAUCACUUUUUAGUUAUAUACUUAUAGUCUUCAUUCCUGAUUUUCAAAGAAGCAGUAUAGGAUAUUUUAAAAAUUAAAUACACAAAAAACAGUUUAAAAA